CAAGCUUUUCUCUUUCGAUUUUCAGAAGCUGAGAGAUGUCGGCGUACGACAAUGUUAUUGGCGGGAAGCUGAAGCUGAAAGGGAAGGCUUUAGAUGUGAAAGCAGGUGGAGUCAAGAAGAAGAAGAAGAAGAAUAAAGAGAAGAAACAGGAAGAAGAAGCUCUUAAGAUUACUGAACAUGAACUCAUAGAAGGAGAAAACGCAGAAGCAUUGGGUAAAUUGAUUGAAGGAGAAGAUGAGGAGGAGGGUAGGAGUGAAAAGGAGGAUGGAAAAGUGCAGCCUGAUGAUGAUGAUGAUCUGUUAACGCCUGCAGAAAGAAGGUACAUAGAGCAGAAGCAGAGACUGGAUGUGCAGAAACUAGCAAAGGAAGCGAACAAGUCUCACCGUAACAGGAUUGAAGAUUUCAAUCAGUAUCUGGCUAACAUGAGUGAGCACUACGAUAUCCCUAAAGUUGGACCUGGUUAAAAUCUACUUGCUUCCUUGCCUCUCUCUGGUUAUUAUCAAUUUAGCAUUGUUAAACAACUACUGUUGUUGGAUCUCUCUCGUGUUAUCCCCAUAACCUUUUUUUUUAUUAUGUGACCUCUGCUCUUUUAAUGAUGGACACAUUUUCCUCGCUCUUCUUUCUGUAUCUCUCAGUUUUCAAACUUGUUCUAGUUUCUCAAUCACAAAACAAUCUUUGUCAAGAGCUGGAACAGACACGAGACACCCAAAGAGGUGUAUUUUUUAUGCACAUCGCUGAGACUGUGAAAU